AUGCGUGUAGUUUUUGAGGAGCCUAAGGAAGGGAUGGUUUUCCGGUCUUCGCAAGAGGUUGAAGCCUACUAUAAGGAGUAUGCUCAGCAAAUGGGGUUUGGAGUGUCAAGGGUUCAAAGCACCGUGCACUUAAAUCAUAAUCACAAGAUUGAUCAGGCAAAUUCUAAGCUUGUGAAGGAGUACCGCAUGAAGCAAAUGACCUCAAAAGGGAAGAAGAAGUUGAUGGAUUUCUAUGAGCAAGGUGUACCAAUUUCUCAAAUACACGGUUGCAUGGUGAUCGAACGAAACGGUAACAUGGCUCUCACCGUCAAAGAUUUACAACAUGAGGUGUACAAGGCUAGGCGGUUGAAGAUGGUUGGAGGGGACUCGGUGGCAGUGAUGGAGUACUUUGAAAAAAUACAAUCCGGCAACCAAAUUUUUUUCCAUGCUCAAUGUUUGGAUGAAGAAGGGAGGCUUAAGAAUGUUUUGUGGGUGGAUGCAAGAAGUAGGGUAGCUUAUGAGGACUUUGGUGAUGCGGUUUGCUUCGACGCAACAUACCUAACAAAUGAGUACGAGCUCCCAUUUGCGAACUUUGUUGGUGUGAACCACCAUGGGCAAUCAUUGUCUUUGGGAUGUGCUCUUGUUUCACAUGAAGACUGCGAUACGUUUGCAUGGAUAUUUCGACAGUGGCUAGUUUGCAUGAACAACCGAGCUCCUAAAGCCAUUUUGACCGACCAAGCGGCAGCUAUGCGGAGGCCCCUAGCUGAAGUCAUGCCAAACACGGUUCAUCGUUGGUGCAUAUUGCAUAUCAUGAGUAAGAUCCCUGAGAAACUUGGCAAGUGUGCAUGUUACCAAGAGUUCAUCAAACCCCUCAAAGAGUUUGUGUAUGAGAGCUUUGACCCCGAGGAGUUCCAUACCCGAUAG